AUGUUGAUGAACCGCUCAAUACAAACUAUUCUACUACGAAGAGGUCCAUGUAGAAGUCAUCUAAGAUUCAACUCAACUAAAAAGAACAACACAGAGCAGGAGAAUAAUGGUGAUAAUGACAAAUCUGUCUCCAAAAGAGAUGAUGAUACUCACAUUCAACAAUUCAAAAUCAAACAAACCACGUCCAAAUCAGCGCCAGCUCCAAUGGGGCUGAACGGGGUAGAGCAACUAUUGAGAAAGAAUAACAAACCAUAUAUCCCCAAAUUUAAACACCAAAGGGUCACUUUUGAGUACCCCGAGCUCCCCAAUGAAGAUCAGUAUAAUAACCUCAGCAAUAAACCGAAGCGAAUUUCGCGAUGGACGAGAUAUAUCCCCAAGAUAUUGACCGUGGUUGGUGUGGCUUGGGCUGCGUAUACUAUCAAAGUUUGGUACUGGGAUGACCCAGAAGAAGGACAAGAUAGUAAUGAAUUACUAGAUCCAAAUGAAUUUCACAAGUUUAUUGUGACUCACAAGGAGCAAAUUGACGAUGACCAUUAUAUGAUUGAGCUCAAGUCGAAAUACGACCGGUGGGAGUAUAGUUUUGCCACUAACCCAGACAAGAAAUGUUUAUGGGACGGAGAUCGUAUAUGGUCGGUUGAGGUGAAACAACCCGAUAUCAAUGUUGUUAGAUCGUACACACCAUUGCCUAUGUACUACAUGAAGUCCGAGUAUACUAGAUCUGGAGAAAAGAAGCCGCUUUUGAGAAUCUUGAAUCCUGAAGCGGACGAUUUGGACAAGAAUGGCACAAUGUGUCUUUAUGUGAAGAGGUAUAAGCAGGGUGAAGUAUCGCGAUACAUUACCGAUCGUGAGAUUGGUGAUGAGUUGGAGUUGAGAGGCCCUACGAUCGAGUACAAGUUCCCCUAUCAUCCAUUGAAAAAGAUUCAUCAACGUCCGAUAUUCAAAGACUUGCCAUCGAAAGUCGAGCCGGAUAACUUGAUUGAAUCAAUCAAGAGAGAUCUGGACUUGCCUGCUGUUGACAAUUUAGAUUUUUUUGCGGCUGGCACUGGUAUUGCUCCUAUUUUGCAAGUUUUGUUUUCCAAAAACCCAUAUUUGGGGCAUGUUACGAUCCAUUACUCGGCUCAAAAACCAGGUGAAAUUGGCAUUUUGCUGAGAUUUUUACUUUUCUUGAAUAAACUAGAUCGUGUUAGUAUCCACUACCAUUACGAUAGCGAUCCAAGCACCAUGUUGACAUCAAAAGAGAUUCAACCACCAUCUAAACCAAACUAUUAUUCACCAAAGAAAUUGGACGAAGCCACAGCAAACCUCUCUCCUCAAGAAGCAUUGAAUGUGAGAAUGCAAGUUAUGCAGCAGAAUGAAGCCUCAAUGAAGCUGGAAAAGGUGAAAAAGUUGGUCCAAUCAUCAAGUGAACGUGGUGAACGAUACGAAACUGCUUUGGAACAAGCAAUCGCCACCGCAUCAAGACCCAAAACUCCAGCUGCGUUAGCCAUUGUUUGUGGACCCGAUGGAUACGUUGAACACGUGUCGGGGGCUAAGGAUUUGGUACACAAAGCGCAAGGGCCAGUUACUGGAUUACUUGGAGAGAAGAAGUGGGACAAUUCCAAUGUAUAUAAAUUAUAG